AUGACAGUAGGAGAAGCCAGCAAGAACCUACCAUGGGUCGAAAAAUAUCGUCCUUCAAAAUUAGAAGAAUUGAUAUCUCACGAUGAUAUUAUAAAAACAAUAAACCAGUUUAUGAAGGAGAACCAACUACCUCAUUUAUUAUUUUACGGCCCUCCUGGAACUGGCAAAACAUCAACAAUAUUAGCUUGUGCCAGGCAAAUGUACACACCACAGCAAUUUAACUCAAUGGUUUUGGAAUUAAACGCAUCAGAUGAUCGUGGUAUAGGUAUAGUGAGGGGACAAAUUCUUAGCUUUGCAUCAACCAGAACAAUAUUCAAAGCAGGACCUAAGCUGAUAAUAUUGGAUGAAGCUGAUGCUAUGACUAAUGAUGCACAAAAUGCUCUCAGAAGAAUUAUCGAGAAGUACACAGAGAACGUGCGUUUCUGCAUAAUUUGCAACUAUUUGGGUAAAAUAAUACCAGCGCUCCAAUCGAGAUGUACUCGCUUCCGCUUCGCGCCAUUACAGCAGAGUCAGAUAGUACCACGGUUGAAGGAAGUUGCUGCAGCUGAAAAUGUCAAAUUAUCGGAAGACGGAAUAAAAGCUUUGCUGGCUCUCUCGGGUGGGGACAUGAGGAAAGUCCUGAAUACCUUGCAAAGUACGUGGCUCGCUUAUCGUGACGUCACUGAGGACAACGUCUACACCUGCGUGGGACAUCCGCUCCGCUCUGAUAUUACGAAAAUAUUCAACUGGCUGCUCACUGAAAAUGAUUUCGCGGUUUGCUUCCAAAAUAUUCAAGAUCUCAAACUAGCAAAGGGAUUGGCUCUCGGGGAUAUUUUGACUGAAGUACACACUAUAAUCCAAAGAGUGAAAUUACCAGCUGAAGUGCUGGUGUCUCUGCUUAUCAAGAUGUCAGAUGCUGAGGCGCGGCUUGCGUCAGGUUGUAGCGAACGAAUCGAACUCGCUGCGCUAAUUGCGGCUUUCCAAAUCGCUAGAGAUCAAGUACAAAUUGGCACCACCGAUACAUCAUGA